AAAUUUGCAAACUUGAGAAGCCAAAGGAGAGAAAAGAUGGAGAGUGGGUUACUUUGGGUGGGUUUGACAGUUCUGUUUGGUGGGUUAGUUGGGUUUUGUGGGUUGCUCAAGAAUGUAAAUGCCUGGUUAUAUGAAUCCAAAUUGGGUGAGAAAAGGUUUAAUCUCCCUCCAGGUGAUCUGGGUUGGCCUUUGAUUGGCAAUAUGUGGACUUUCCUCAGAGCUUUCAAGUCCAGUGAUCCUGAUUCCUUCUUCUCAAGCUAUUACCAGAAAUUUGGUCGAUCACGCGGAGUUUACAAAGCAUACAUGUUUGGAAGCCCAUGUAUCCUGGUUACAGCACCUGAACCUGCAAAGCAGGUGCUGAUGGAUGAUGAAAAUUUUGGGGCUGGUUGGCCUAAAUCCACUAUGGAACUGAUUGGGAAGAAAUCCUUCAUUGGCAUAUCUGACGAAGAGCAUAGGCGUCUCCGGAAACUAACUGCAGCUCCGGUCAAUGGCCAUGAAGCAUUAACAGUUUACAUGAAGUUUAUCGAAGAAACUGCGAUAUCCACACUGGAUAAAUGGUCUGGUAUGGGUGAAAUUGAGUUCUUGACAGAGCUCAGGAGGUUCACUUUCAGGAUCAUCAUGUACAUUUUCCUCAGUACUGAGGAUGAACAAGUACUGAAAGCUCUGGAGAAGGAAUAUACAACUCUCAACUAUGGAGUCAGAGCCAUGGCCAUCAACUUACCCGGAUUCGCAUUUCAUAGAGCAUUCAAGGCCCGGAAAAAUCUGGUAGCUGCUUUCCAGGCUGCUGUGACUGAAAGAAGGACGAGGAGAGCUGCUGGUAUUGCUACACCUGCCAAGAGGAAAGACAUGAUGGAUAAUCUUCUGGACGUGAAAGAUGAAAAGGGUAGAGAAUUGAGUGAUGAGGAGAUCAUUGAUGUUCUUCUCAUGUACUUGAAUGCUGGCCAUGAAUCUUCCGGUCACAUCACGAUGUGGGCGACUCUCUUCCUACAACAAAACCCAGAAAUCUUCAAAAAAGCCAAGGCAGAGCAAGACGAGGUCAAAAAGAAUAGACCACCUGGCCAGGAUGGAUUGACACUUAGGGAACUUAGACAGAUGGAUUAUCUUUCAAAGGUGGUCGAUGAAACUCUGCGUAUCAUUAAUAUCUCACUAAUGGUUUUCCGAGAGGCCAGAAAGGAUCUCAAUCUGAGUGGUUACCAUAUACCCAAGGGAUGGAAAGUUUUGGUCUGGUUCAGAACUGUUAAUCUCGAUCCUGAAAUUUACCCAAAUCCGAAGGACUUCAAUCCAUCCAGAUGGGAUAAUUACAUUCCAAAGCCAGGAACUUUCCUUCCCUUUGGAGCAGGAGCCAGGCUGUGCCCUGGAAAUGAUCUUGCCAAACUAGAGAUAAUGAUUUUUCUCCACCAUUUUCUCCUCAACUAUCAGCUUGAACAGAAAAACCCAGGAUGUUCACUGAGGUACUUACCUCAUACAAGGCCCGUGGACAAUUGCCUAGCAAGAAUCAAGAAGGUCUCAUCACCAGCCAGCUAAAGCGAGAGACAUUACACCAGCACAUCAAUAUAGUUUUACUUUUUUCCAUAAAUA